AAUCGUAAAUCGGACCCAAAAAUCGACCUUUGUUUCUGAGAUUAAUCCCAUUUAAUUGAUUCGCACUUUUCCAUACUCAAUCAACAGCUCCUCCAAAGCAAGCGCGCUCUGUCUCACCCUGAGAUGGCGAAACCCACCACCGCCGCUGCUUCAUCUCUCCUUCAAACCCUAAAACGCUUCAUCAAGAAACCCUGGGAGAUAACUGGCCCAUGCGCCGAUCCGGAAUACCGAUCCGCCAUUCCCAGCCCUCUUGAGUACCGUGUCCACUGCCCCGCCACCCCUAAGAUCAAGCCCAUCGUGCCCACAUCCGACCCGGAAACUGUCUACGAUAUCAAGUACUACACUCGCGAUCAGCGCCGAAACCGUCCCCCAAUUAAACGCACCAUUUUGAAGAAGGCCGAUGUGGAGAAGAUGAUGAAGGAGACGACUUUCGAUGUCGCCAAUUUCCCUCCUGUUUAUUUGACUGCGACAGUCGAGGAGGAUUAUAAUGCGAGAGGAGGCGGUUACCAGAAAUGAAAUGG